UCACUUUGCAAAUUAUCACAACAGUCUACACGUUUCCUAUCAGAAAUAAUAUUUCUGCUCAUUCAUUAUUCAUGCCACCGCGAGGUGAUGUACGUUUUAUGUUAGAGUUUAAUUCGCUUUCCGGGUUUCUACCGAGUGAUUUACUCGUGUGCGCGUGACGCGUGGCCAAUUUAGAAAUGGCGCGAAAAGAGCGGAGCGUCUUCGUGCAGCUCCAAAAUAUCCGCAUAUUCUAGUGAGGCGUGCGACACCUCGGACAGGAGUGACGCUUAGACGAGCGAGCAGGCGAACACUGGUGCUUACUGCACUUCUGGGUUUCUCUGCAUGCUCCAGCAGGUGCGGAGAAGCCGGAGCGCUUGGAGCACACCGCGCCACGCCGGGAACAAUGGGAUCUGACCGGCAUACUGAUACACCUCUCGCGCUGCGUCUCCACGACCUCAGCACCGCCGGCCCCGGGAGCAGCUCUGGCGCACUCUCACCUCUCCGUUUCGCUCUUCUUUAGAUCAACCCAUCUUUUUUUGUUGUUUUGCAUAUUUAUGCUGGUCACGUCGUCGUGCGUGCGUCGCUGCGUGCUUGAAAUUGCGGGACCGCUUCGGAACAAGUUGGACGGCGUGAGCUUACUGUCUCUGCGCGAUGUGGAGGGCUGGAGAGCGCUGGCGCCCGGCGCUGCUGUGUCUGCCCGUGCUGAUGGCCGUGACACUCGGCCGCACUCCGAUCUCGCACAGGGUUAACGAGCCCAGCAACAUGUCGUACGUCAAAGUCACCGUGGACAAACUGCUGAAAGGCUACGACAUUCGGCUCAGGCCCGAUUUCGGAGGUCCUCCGGUUGACGUCGGGAUGAGUAUUGACAUCUCCAGCAUCGACAUGGUGUCUGAGGUGAACAUGGAUUACACCAUCACCAUGUAUUUCCAGCAAUCAUGGCGUGAUAAACGCCUGUCCUACACGGGGAUUCCUCUGAACUUGACACUGGAUAACCGUGUGGCUGAUCAACUCUGGGUGCCUGAUACUUACUUUAUAAAUGACAAGAAAUCUUUCGUUCAUGGUGUCACCGUCAAGAACCGCAUGAUUCGGCUGCAUCCAGAUGGAACUGUGCUCUAUGGACUCAGGAUAACUACAACAGCAGCCUGUAUGAUGGACCUGCGGAGGUACCCCCUGGAUGAACAGAACUGCACCCUGGAGAUUGAGAGCUAUGGGUAUACCACAGAUGACAUUGAGUUUUAUUGGCAGGAGGGAAGUUCAGUGACUGGAGUAGACAACAUUGAGUUGCCACAGUUCUCCAUCAUUGACUAUAAAACUUUGUCUAAGAAGGUGGUCUUUGCAACAGGGUCAUACCCUCGUCUGUCCCUGAGCUUUAAGCUGAAGAGAAACAUUGGAUAUUUUAUCCUGCAAACUUACAUGCCCUCAAACCUGAUCACCAUCCUGUCCUGGGUCUCCUUCUGGAUUAACUAUGAUGCUUCUGCAGCACGGGUAGCUCUAGGAAUCACUACUGUACUGACCAUGACCACCAUCAACACCCAUCUGCGAGAGACGCUACCCAAGAUCCCCUAUGUAAAAGCCAUAGAUAUAUACCUAAUGGGCUGCUUUGUCUUCGUAUUCUUGGCCCUGCUUGAGUAUGCGUUUGUUAACUACAUUUUCUUCGGCCGAGGUCCACACCUACAGAAGAAAGUGGCAGAAAAAGCUGCUAAGAGCAACAAUGAGAAGAGCAGACUGGAGAGCAACAAAAUCCAGGUGGAUGCCCAUGGAAACAUUCCCCUUACCAAUCUUGACCUCCGCCUCACUGGGGCAGAGAUGCUCGGUGGUCUUGGUGACCCUCGGAAUACCAUGUUCUCUUAUGACAGUGCCAGCAUCCAAUACCGCAAGCCCCUGACAGGCUGUGACCUUUACGGCCGGCCGACUGCUUCCCUUGAACGGCCAAUCAAGCACAAGAAGAGUCGCUUGAGGAAGCGGGCCUCUCAGCUUAAGGUGAAAAUUCCAGACCUGACAGAUGUGAAUUCCAUCGACAAGUGGUCACGUGUCAUCUUUCCCAUCACCUACACUUUCUUCAACCUAGUCUAUUGGCUUUACUAUGUCCACUAGGAGACAGCAGUGCACUCAGCUUAGCUUCCACUUAGCAGAUCG